CCCCAAGCAGUGCCUUCUGGCAUCUGCAAACCCUUCUCCCUCUCUGGCUCCCUCGCCCUCGCUCGUUGCCUCUGGCUUGCUCGCCCUCGCCUCUCGGUCGGUAGCUGGGGAGGUCGCAUCUGUGGCUACUGGAUCUGGCUCUCUAACUCUUGCUCUCGCUGGGUUGCUGGGUCGCUCGCCUCUCUGCAUUGCCAUUGGGACACCUUGGUUCAAUCUUUUGAGGCAGGCAGUGGCCGCUGGCCAGUGGGCAUCCCUUCAUACUCUAGUGACCAAGAGACUAGAGGUCUCCAAAAUCUCAGGUACGACCCUGUGUGAACCCUUACCUGUCUUAGGUUUACCUUCCUCAGACGGCUACUCUCUCUCUCUGACCAUCCCCUUAUCAUCGUUCUCCCUUGCCACCCAGUUACUCGGUGCUUGGUGCUCGGUGCCGCCAUCAAUUCACAAACACAAACUAGGUUGAGCCACCGUCAAUUCACAAACACGAAUCGACGUUUUCGUGCCCGGUGCCACCGUUUCCAUGCAGCACGAAUCAGUUCACAACUCUGAUUGCUAGGUGCCACCAUUUUCGUGCAACAUAAUCUGUCACUACCCCUUGUCGUUGUCGAUUCACAAACACAAACUCUGAUUGCUCGGUGUUGCCGUCGAUUCAACUUAAAGGGGUGAAUGAAUUGAGAGUCCACUGCUAAUACAUACAGGUCUGUAUCUUUUUAACAUCCAGAACCCACGAAGUAUUCAGUAAAUAUAGAGACUGGGAUGUUGUUACGCUAUGCAAAGCCCUUUCACUUAUCCAGAAAAUUCUCCAAAUCAUCGUGCUUUCUCCCAUCCUAUUCCAUUUCAGACGUUCCUUACAAUAAGUCAAAGCUUGCCCCUCUGCAGGAGCGCAGAAUGAUUGACCAAUUUAGGUUAUGGGCUAAAGGUGGUGAUGGUGGAAAUGGUUGUUCAAGUUUUCACCGUAGCCGCCAUGAUCGCCAUGGUAGACCCGAUGGUGGUAAUGGCGGAAGAGGCGGCGAUGUUAUACUAGAAUGUUCCCCCAGAAUUUGGGACUUCAGUAGUCUGCAACAUCAUAUCAAUGCAAAAAGAGGGGGACAUGGAGCUUCAAAAAAUAAAAUAGGAAGCCGAGGUGCAGAUAAGGUUGUUCAAGUACCUGUUGGCACUGUUAUUCAUCUUGUGGAGGGUGAAGCUCCAACUGUAGUUGAGAACAGUUCAACCACAGCUUUAGACCCGUGGGAGAUGCCAGGAGCCCUUGAUGUAUCUCCUACUGAAUCUGGUAAAAACCUCAUCUCCACUUGUGCAACUGAGGUAGCGAUGGUGGAAACAGUUAAUAGGAAUGAAAGGACUUGUCCCGGAAAGACUGUUCUUGGAUCAGCUGAUGCAAACCGAGCUACCCGUGCUCCAUUUAUUAAAUCUCUUCCUCAAUCUUCCGUUCCUUGUGGAAAGUACAGGGGCUGCUCAGACGAUUUUGGCUCUUGUAAAGAAAGUGCUGUUGAGUUGGAAAGUCUGGUGACUGAUAGUGAUAUUUCUGAAGCUGAGAGGGAAGAAGAAAAGGACAGUGAACAGAUACAGUAUAAUGUUGCUGAAUUAACUGAACCUGGCCAAAGAAUUGUAAUUGCACGUGGUGGGGAAGGUGGUUUAGGCAAUGUAUCUUCAAACAUUUCCAAGAGUAAUAAUAUUGUGAAGUACGGGGUCCAGAAAGAUGAUGCUUUUGAUGUUGAAUUACCUGAUGGUGAACCUUCUUCACUUAGUACUGGUUUGCCUGGUUCCGAGGUUGUUCUACUGUUAGAACUCAAGAGCAUUGCUGAUGUAGGCCUUGUGGGAAUGCCAAAUGCUGGUAAAAGUACUCUCCUAGGGGCUAUAUCAAGGGCUAAGCCCACUGUAGGCCAUUAUGCCUUUACAACUUUAAGGCCCAAUCUAGGGAAUCUCAAUUAUGAUGAUUUUUCAGUCACAGUGGCUGACAUUCCAGGUCUUAUAAGUGGAGCUCAUGAAAAUCGUGGACUUGGACAUUCUUUUCUGCGUCACAUAGAGCGCACGAAAGUUCUUGCCUAUGUGGUGGACUUGGCUGCUGCUUUAGAUGGUAGGAAAGGAAUCCAACCAUGGGAACAGUUGAGAGAUUUAAUAUUGGAGCUCGAGUUUUAUCGAGAAGGAUUGUCAAAUAGACCGUCCUUAAUAGUGGCAAAUAAAAUUGAUGAGGAAGGGGCUGAACAAGUGUAUGCAGAACUAAAAAGAAGGGUAUCUGGAGUUCCUGUUUUCCCUGUGUGUGCAGUUUUGGAGGAAGGAAUCCCUGAGCUAAAAGAUGGUCUUAGGAUGCUUGUUAAAGGCGGAGAAUCAUACAGACUGCAUUUAGAUGUAAGACAUAUUAACAAUGGUAAAAAGGGAGGAAGCCCUGCAGAAGAAGACACAUACAGCUACUUGCAUGGUAACAUAUGCAUUAAAUGGUGUCCCUGGUGCACAAGGCUUCUUGCUUUGCAAGCGUCAGAGGAGGGCAUUUUUGCACACAGACUUCCAUGGCUAAUGACAUUACAGGUUUUUCUUCUUUUCCCAGGCCAAGACAUUGUUUCUUUGUUGUUUUAUAUGCUGGUCCCUAUUGAUUGGCCUUCUGGCUUCUGUCUAAUAGGUUGCAUGAUUGAUUUCUACUUAUGUGACUUGUACGUGAAGCUAAAACAAUGUUCUUCUCAAAACCAGUGCAACAUUUGUGUUGCAGCUGGACGUUAAGGGAACAACAUUUGCAUCUGAAUACAGAUCUCUUAGAUCAAAUGCAUCUUUGGCAUCUGCAGCUCAGGCAGUUUGAUAGAAGAUUUCUGAGGACCUUUUCUUUGCAGUUUGCAAGGUUGAUCUUUUGUCAGUUUCUGUUGGCUCAUUGCCUUUCAGUGAAAUGCCAAAAGUUUUUUUUUCCUUUUCCGAUCUGUCUAUAUAGGCUCAUUAUCUUCCAGCAAAUGCAAAGGCUUUCAAAAAUAUCUUACAUAUUUAAAGGAACUUGUGUAACAAUCCUUGUUCCUCCUUUCUUUUUUCUUUUUCUCUUCCUUCCUUUCUCUUUGAGAGGGAAAAGGAAUGGCAUCAUUUGUCGUCUUCUUGAACUGGUUGCUUCACAUUGUAUAAUGGCACUACAGAAUUUGUUGAGGGGCUUUGUUGUUUUUUCCUGCCUUCGAAUUUGGUUGUGGUUAGUUUUAUUCAUUAUCCUGUCUUACUCAUGAUUAUGAAGAACUUAGAGGUUUUUGUCUUAUCUUGGUCCUUUCUUUGCUUGCUCCUUUUUGUGUACUAGCCGAUUUGACUGGUGAAAGACAGAUGGUGU